AUGCAUUAUCUCUUACACAUGUGUUCGCUCAGCUUAGUAAAGACACUGGGGCGAGUGAAGAGUGCUGGCAGGUCCAACGACAUGGCUUGUUUCGUGCAAAAAGCGCUUAAAUUCAAUUCUCUCGUUUUUUUUUCAUCAGCCUGCUUCGUUGCAAUAAGAGCCUGGCUCAAGAGCAUGAUCUAUGAUCCGGCGUGCGCGCCACGAUUGGCCGGCCACGCUUUAGUUCCGUCACUCAUUGGUCCGUACAUUCAGGCUCGACCAAUGAGGAGGCUUCCGUCAGUGUUCUGGUCCGGGUUUCGGAGCGCAAAGUGAGGCUUCUUCCGCUCCGCGAGCACCUCUCUCGAGGAGACUUGGUUCGGUGGUGGAGAUGGUGGUUUCUGAGGAGCGCCGGUGGUUGUGAUGGUUUUCAAAGAGAGGACCUGCUUGCCAGUGAACGCUCUCGCCAGUAGAAAUGCACUUCUGCUCAACAAAUAUUUGGCGCUGAAUGGUAAACAUUUGUUUGACCCAAACGAUCGUCGUCGUCGCGAUUUUAGUGUUCUCUGUUCAGUCAACCUUUGGGUGUUCUCGAAGUGAGUCCACUCUGAUUUAUUGCUUCAGUUGGACGAAAAAAAAUCCACUUGCAGUUUCUGCCUGGCGAUCAAUAGUUACAUCAAGAUUCAAGAUUAAGUGUUCGUUGCUGUCGUACUGCUUUGAGGGAGUCGACGAGAUCAAUUGUUACCAUGCCCAGACCAUCCCGCGAGAGUUAUGGAGAUCAAAAACCUCCCUACUCCUAUAUUGCUCUCACGGCCAUGGCCUUAUGGCACUCUCCAGAGAGAAUGCUGCCUCUGUCAGACAUCUACAAGUUCAUAAUGGAUAACUUCCCCUACUACAGGAAGAACACGCAGAGAUGGCAAAAUAGCCUUCGUCACAACCUAAGUUUCAACGAUUGUUUCAUCAAGAUCCCCAGGCGUCCCGACCGACCCGGUAAGGGCGCCUAUUGGACCCUCCACCCAAAGGCCAUUUCCAUGUUCGAAAAUGGGUCCUUGCUCCGCCGCCGGAAGAGGUUCAAACUAGGAAGUACGGAUAAGGAUUCCUUGGACACGGAGCUAAGCGCUCUGUCGAAUUUGAAUAGGGUUAUGGUUUCCAAUUAUUCGAGCUCCCAUUCGGCUCCCAUGAGCCAUUCAAGCCCGUACCAUCCACCGACUUGUGUGCCUGGACCUUCCAUGUCGAUGCAUUCGGGACCUCAAGUGCCACCCCCGCCGAGUAUGAUCCCGUCUCCGUAUUUUAAUCCACAUUUGGCCUUGGCGGCACACGCCCAUCACCAGCAACAACUGGCCAAUUUGCAUGCAGCCUCGAAUCUCUCACCACCACAUUUACCCCAUCUACCUCCGCAAAUGUCGCCACCCACGUUACCCAAGCCCACUCCAUUGAAUCCUAUGAUGGCCUCUAUGUCGAGCCGAACCUCGCCCGGGUUCCAAACCAAUUCCAAACCAAAGAAAAAGGGCUUCACCAUUGACAGUCUCAUGGACAAGGAAGACGUCACCCGAGAGGACAGCGACCUUCCUCCUCUCGAUAUGGAGGACGAGGAAAUAUCCGUCGAUGACGACGGAGACGCCAAAGAUGACAUAAACGUCGAAACUGAUGAAGAAGGCAAGGCCAAGUCACCCUCGCCCCAGAACUUGGAGGCUCUCCGAGCCUUUUUCCGGCCUAAUCCUCUGGGAUCGGCCUUCAACCCUUUAGUGGCGGCGGCUAAUCCACUUCUCAAUAGUCAAUACGGCCCGGGAGGAAUUCCAACAUCCGUUUCAGCACCCAAUCCCAUGUUGGGCAACCCAUUCUAUUGGGCGAAUAUUCAACGAGCUGCCGUGGCUGCCGCUGCCCUCUCUAAUCGAGUGAUGCCUCCCCAUUCGAUGGCCUCAUCGGCAUCCUCCCCUCUUCACCUACCCCCGACAUCAUCUAUCAGCAGUCAUUUUUUAGAGUCUCGCCCGGAGGUCAUGAGGACCUCCGACAUGAUCCCCGAGAUCCCCCGGCCUAUCAAGACCGAAGUGAAAACCGAGCUGAAGGAGGAAGAGCCCACUACCAAUCCGCUUUUGUUCCAAGUCAAGACUCAUCUUCCAAGUCUCAGCCCCAAGAGAGCGUCUCCGGCAGCCUCACCCAACGGGGAUUUUCAAUCGAAAAUUUUGUCAAGUGACCUCCGGGACGACAAUAAUAAUAAAAACAACAACAACAACAUCGGGGAUCACAAUGACCGAAAUAAUAACUCCACACAAGAUCCAAAGAAACCGGUCCCAACGCUGAGAUUUAGUCCACCCAUGCGUUCCAUAUGACCAUAGGAUAGAUGAUGGUUUUAUGUUCCUAAGUAUUCGGCGCCCCCCAAGACUCAAUCGAGUACCUUUAGUUGCCUCCAAAAGCGAUUUAUUGUUCCCAAGUCAUACCUUAAUAGUUGUUCCUGACGUGAGAAUGUUCAUUCUCCAAGUUGCAUCCCUACCAACACAGUAUUUAAAUGUUGAUGUGUAAAAACUAUGCUUGUUCCAAUAGUUUUUGUUUUAGUUCGGGCGUGGAAAUACAACUCUCAAUUCUGAUCGAA